AUGGAAGACGCGAUGCCUCACGAACCCACUAAUCCGGAAUCAGGGCGCCGCCACUUUGUGACAGACGCAGAUAUCGUCGAAGCCAAGAACUACUGCGUGAAGCAGAUUGCUUUGGCAGAUCGCCAGGCUUUCCUCAUUCGACAGUUCGUCCCUCCACCCGUCCAAGACGUCUACGAUGCACUCCGAACCCUAAACCUCGAGCUCGUGCGCCUCCCCGAGACCGUCUCGAACCUUACACUCGGCCAGAUGCGCAUACAAUUCUGGCGCGAAUCCAUCGACCAGACCUUUGCCGGGACCCCACCCCGCGAACCCAUAUGUCUUCUCCUCCGCAAGGCCCUCGACGACCUCGAAGCAAGAUCCGGACCCUCGGCGCAGAAAUCGCUCAAGUUCUGGAUCUCGAGGUUAAUAAAGACCCGGGAGCGCCACAUGAGUAACCGACCCUACCCAUCCCUCGCAUCCCUCGAAGACUACGCCGAAAACACCUACUCCACGCUCAUGUACGCCACUCUCGCCGCCAUCCCCAUGCGCUCCAUGCACGUGGACCACCUGGCCAGUCAUAUCGGUAAAGCCUGCGGUAUCACCGCCGUUAUCCGCGGCAUUCCCAUCCUCGCCGCUCCUCCACCACCGACCGGAGCCAAUUCCGGCUUCGACAACACCGUCCGCCGCGAUCCCGCACUCCUCCUCCCUCUCGACGUCCUCGCCGAAUGCAACGUCACCGAAGAAUCGGUCUUCCGCCAGGGCCCAGAAGCACCCGGCUUCCGCGACGCCGUGUUCAGGGUCGCCACGCGCGCAAACGACCAUCUAAUCACGGCACGCGAGAUGCUUAAGAAUCUCCAGGCCGGCCGCCUCGCCGAUCACGCCUACGAGCAUGAGGGAGAGCUCGAAGAGCACGUCUAUGAUGAGCAAGGAGACGGGGACGUUGCGAGGGAUGUCAGGAGAGCGUUUGGCGUGCUGCUUGAGGCGGUACCGGCAGAGGAUUACUUGCUUGCACUGCAGAAGAAGGAUUUUGAUCCGUUUGCGGUGAAGCCGGGGUGGAAACUUCCUUGGAGGAUAUGGCGGGCGUUGAGGAAGCUGGAGUUUUAG